GCCAAUCACAGCGCAGUGCGCUCCGAUGACGUACAUUGUGUGCGACUCGGGUACCAACCAGCAACAUGCGGAAUGUGCCUUCAGCCAACGUGUGAAGUGAGAAUUAGUUAAGUAAUUAACAUCACUUAACGGACAGAAAGAUUGAAGUUUGAGCAUUCAACGCGAGCAAAAUGGCGAAUACCAACCUUCAGUUCAAAACCAAUUAUGUCGCUGACAGCAAGAUUGAGCCGUUUUACAAAGGAGGAAAAGUGCAGAUCAGCAAAGAUGAAAAGUACAUCUUUUGCACUUGUGAGUCUCGUGUCAACGUUUUGGAGAUCAGCACAGGGAAGAUUGUCCACAGUGUUCAGCAUGACGAUCAAGAGGACAUCACGUCCUUCGCACUCAGCUGUGAUGAUGAGAUGCUGGUAACAGCUAGUAGAGCUCUGCUGCUGAAGCAGUGGGACUGGAGGCAAGCUCAGUGUACUCGCUCCUGGAGGGCCAUUCACACUGUUCCUGUGGCCAGUAUGACCUUUGACUCCACCUCUACACUCGUGGCCACAGGUGGCUGUGAUGGAACGAUAAAGCUUUGGGAUGUGGUGAAGCAGUACUGCACCCACAACCUUAAAGGCUCAUCUGGCGUUGUACACCUGGUCCAGUUCCACCCAGACAUCAGCAGGCUGCAGCUCUUCUCCUCCUCUCUGGACUCUGGCAUUCGGAUGUGGGACCUGCGCUCCAGUCAGUGUGUGUGUGUGCUGCAGAGCCACUACAGCGCCGUCACCUCCCUCAGCUUCAGUCCCGAUGGUGGCACCAUGGUCAGUUCUGGCAGAGACAAGAUCUGUACAGUGUGGGACCUGAAGACUCGGAAAGCCAAGAGAACUGUGCCGGUCUACGAGGCUGUGGAGGGUGUUGUGCUGCUGCCUGAGAAUGAGGACUUGACUGAGAUUGGAGUGAAGAGCAAAGACUUGCAUUUCAUCACAGCAGGCAGCAAAGGUGUAUUGCGAGUGUGGGAAGCCAGCACGGCGCGUUGUGUCUACACCCAGACCCUUUCCUCGACCGUCAGCGCUGUCUCUGAGGAAGAAGAAGAAAAGGACGACGACCCCCGCAGUCUAACGUACCUCCUUCACCUGCCUGCCUCCUCCAGAGUGGCCACCGUCACAGCAGAGCACAACAUUGUGCUCUACCAGCUGCCUGGUCUCACCACACAGCAGCAGUUUGUGGGAUACAAUGACGAAGUGCUGGACGUGAAGUUUUUGGGUAAAGGGGACAGCCACAUCGUUGUGGCCACAAACAGUUGCCAGCUGAAGGUGUUUGAGCUGCUCACAAACAGCUGCCAGAUCCUCUACGGACACACAGAUACUGUCCUCUCACUGGACGUGUUCAAAAAGGGAUUUCUCUUUGCGAGCUGUGCAAAGGACAGGUCAGUGCGUGUUUGGCAGAUGGACAGUGACAGCGGUCAGGUGCAGUGUGUUGCUCAGGGAUCAAACCACGCCAACGCUGUGGGCUCCAUCACCUGCUCCAGGAUGAAAGCGUCCUUCGUAGUGUCCGGCAGUCAGGACUGUACCCUGAAGGUUUGGGAUCUACCAGCAGACUUGUCUACUACAGAAGCGGACAUACAUCUGCUGACCCCCCGCGCCACAGAGAAGGCACAUGACAAGGAUGUAAACAGCGUGGCGGUGUCUCCCAACGACAAGCUGCUGGCUUCGGGGUCCCAGGACCGCACGGCCAAGCUGUGGUCGCUGGCGGCGGACGGGAACGUGGGCAUGCUGGGAGUGUUCAGGGGCCACCGUCGCGGCGUCUGGGCCGUCUGCUUCUCUCCCGUCGACCAGGUGCUGGCCACGUCCUCCGCAGACGGCACCUCCAAACUGUGGAGCCUGCAGGACUUCAGCUGCCUCAAGACAUUUGAGGGUCACGAUGCAUCAGUUUUGAAGGUCAUCUUUGUGAGCCGAGGCACACAGCUGCUCACCAGUGGCUCGGAUGGUUUAGUAAAGCUGUGGACCAUAAAGACCAACGAGUGUGUGAAGACAAUGGACGCCCACCAGGACAAAGUGUGGGGUCUCCACGCCAGCCGCAAAGAUGACAAGAUGGUGACGGGCUCAGCCGACUCUAACAUCACCGUGUGGGUGGAUGUGACUGAGGUGGAGCUGGCGGAGGAGCAGGCUAAGCAGGAGGAUCAGAUACUUAAGCAGCAGGAGUUGUCCAACCUGCUCCAUGAGAAGAAGUACCUGAAGGCCCUGGGUCUCGCCAUCUCACUGGACCAGCCUCGCACUGUGCUCACUGUGAUCAAAGCGAUCCGUCAGGUGGAGAACAGCCACAAGCUGUUGGAGAAGACGGUACUGAAACUACGAGUGGAUCAGAAAGAGGCGCUCCUGCGUUACUGUGCUGUGUGGAACACCAACGCCAGAAACUGUCAGGAUGCCCAGGCCGUCCUACAGGUGCUCCUCACACACCUGCCGCCUGAGGAGCUGCUGCAGUACCAGGGCGCCCGAACCCACCUCGAGGGUCUCAUCCCAUACACAGAGAGACACAUGCAGAGGAUUGGCAAUCUGCUGCAGGCGUCCAUGUUCUUGAACUACAUGUGGCAGAAGAUGAGAGUGGCCGGAGCGCCAUCCAGCAUGGGCCAAGAUGAAGAAAUGGAUACCACUCCUCUUGCACAGCCUUUCUUUAUGAUUGACAAGGAGAAAGGAAUGGAAAGUGGUGAUGAAGAGAAACAAGAUGGCGACAACAGCGAUGGCGGACAAGAUGAUGAUCCAAAUUGCCCAGUUAAAGAAAAAGAGGAGGAGGAGGAGGAGGACGAGGAGGACGAUGAUGUCAGUGCCACAAAGAAAGCCUCCACCAACGACGGGUCAGUGGAAAACGGAGGGAGCACCAAAACAAAUGGCAACCACCACUCUGAAAGCGAGGAGAGCUCAGAUGAGGAAGACCUGGAAGAAGAUCAAACAACAGUAAAAGUGAUGAAAUGUCUCCCAGUUUCUUCCUCUCUACAAUGCCAGACUUUCGCCAGCUGACAGGGAUCUCCGUGCUGUUAACGGAUGACUCACUCGGUCUUAUCUCGGACCAUUUAGUGGAGUGACACACUGAAUGUGUGGCAGUGCAGGAAGAGACAGAGGGACAGGUGUUGAGUGUGGACGAUGAAGCUGAUAAUAGGCCUCUCUGUACAUUCCCCGUCUCAGCAGCUCGUAAAGAUUUUCUGUCUUGUGUCAGUAACUUGAUUGUGCAUCAGUUUUUUUGUUUUUUUCCCCCCCCAUUUAGAGUUUGAGCAGAAUUUGAAGAAACUUAAUCAGCCUGAUUUCCUCCAACAAAGUGGACAUUAGGAAGGAAAAGAGGAGAGACUGAAUGAUCAUUCAGGCAUUGUGCCAUGGUUAUCGUCCCCCUAUGCAGAUACCUGCAGCACCCAUUGUCUAGUUCUGCAAUGUUGAGUAGUCCCGAUCUACCGGUUCAACCACAUCACAAAAGGUUCCUAAUGUAACAACAGCUUGUUUUUUUUAUUCAAUGAGUACAAAUGUUAUGAUUAAAUAAAUAACAUCUGUU